UUGUGAGAGAGUGGGUAGGAGAGGAGGUGUGCACCUAUGCAGUUUACUGUCGAGAGCACAAAACAUAGCGCAGCAAGCUCGUAUACAGUGACUAUUAACGCAGUAGCCUAGAAUUUGAUUUCAAAAGUUACAGAAUAAAGAAAAAAGACCAGCUGAAGAAAAGAGGUGUGACUGUCAUCGCAAUAGACAGCCGCGAGCGGGUCAAACUGCCUGUGCGUCAGGAGGCUCUCCAGCAGGCUAUGUACAACCGAAAGCCCGUGGUAAAGAAAAAAACUAAAAAAAUUGUGAAAAGGUAGACUAUCCGGGGUACUCGUGUGGUUAUCCACUAUAGACGAAAUCCCCCGAACAGAGAAAUCAAUUCUUUGUUCCUUCGCAGCUGUCUGCAGCGGAGAAGAUUAUGUGAGAGAGCACAGGGAAGGAUAGCUAGCCUAUGCUUUUCGAAGAAGAAAUGUGUGGUAAAGGCAUGAUGUGCCACUGGCAAGUUUACGCCAACAGACCUGCCUGUAACGACAAGCAAAGUCUGAAGCUCAAGGAUGACUCAAGGAGAGGGAGCAACAAGCAUAGCUGGUACAAGUGUGGAAGGAAACCAGGUUACCGUGGCAAGAGGGGUAGAGCACACGGGCACUGCCCCCCCUACAACCAACAGAAUCGAGCAAGUUCUCAGCCAUCGGGGGCGAUGUCGCUGCGCCCGGUCAACAUUCAAGGCAACAGAGCACCAGGCAUGAGAGCCCCGAGAAACACCAAUCAGUUCCUUAUGCACGAGAAAUACCAGAUGAUGCAUAUGCGAUCCGACUCCGUUGGCACAGACAGCGGGUCGGACUGCGAAAUGGACUUUGCGGACAUGGACUCUUAUCUCGGUGUGCUCGAAAACGCCAGGGGCGCCCUAAUGGACAGUCCUGAUCUGUCGCCACCCUCAGCCCGGUUUUGUCCGCGACAGUCCGCGAAGCACCAACAGUUUUCGUUCUUCAGCUUUGGUGAGGUCCAUCAAGAAGAGAGCAUGCAGUAUUUCCCGUCGGAAGACGACGUAAUGCAAAGCGAGGAUUUCAUGGAAAGAGACUUUAUUGAGUUCUGCAGCGCAGUAGCUACAGUAACACCUUACUCUGUUAUGUAACGGACCUGACCACCAAUGUGCAGCAAAAAAAAUGUUGUCAAGAAAUGUUUACAGCAAAUCUUGGCUGUUUUCAUAGCCGACAGACCACCAGGUACACAUCACAGUAACACGUCCGAUCAUUUUCUUUUCAUGUAACCUUUUAUAUGAUUUGUAUGUGUUUAUGUGUGUGUGUGUGUGUGUCAGUGUCUUGCAAUGGAGAAGGAGAGGGUGUGUUGAGUAGGAGUGAGACCGAACAGCCAAUCAUGUUAAAGCAAAUCAUUGACUUCGACGAUAAUACGCCAUUGGCUGCUCCUGUCAUUGUAAAUACUGCAAACGUUUUUGAAAAUAAAUGUAAUAUAAA